AUGACACUCUGGACGCUGCUGCUCUUGUUCCUGGCAGCCGGAGCCCGGGCGGACAUGCGGACUAUCGGAGGGGCGGAGUGUCCUCCCGGGUCCCAGCCCUGGCAGGCCGGCCUCUUCUUCCUCACCCGUCUCUUCUGCGGGGCCACGCUGCUGUCUGACCGCUGGCUUCUCACCGCCGCGCACUGCCGCAAGCCGUAUCUGUGGGUGCGCCUGGGGGAGCACAAUCUCUUCCAGUGGGAGGGUCCGGAGCGGCUGAUCCGGGUGACCCGCUUCUUCCCCCACCCGCGCUUCAACAGCAACCUGAGCGCCCACGACCACAACCACGACGUGAUGCUGGUCCGCCUGCCCCGCCCGGUCCGCCUGUCGCCCAGCAUCCAGCCCAUCCAACUGGCCUCCAGCUGCCCAGACCCCGGCACUCUCUGCCUCGUGUCCGGCUGGGGCGCCUUCGCCAGCCCGAAAGCCCAGUACCCAGACUCGCUCCAGUGCGCCAACAUCACCAUCCUGGAACGUCGGCUCUGCCAACGCGCUUAUCCGGGCAUGGUUUCCCCCAACAUGAUCUGCGCCGGGGUCUGGACCGGGGGCACCGGCUCAUGCCAGGGCGACUCGGGGGGACCCCUGAUCUGUGACGGGGUCUUGCACGGAGUCGUGUCCGGGGGCUCGGACCCAUGCGGGAAACCUCGGCGGCCCGCCAUCUACACCAGCAUCUGCCGCUACCGCAAAUGGAUCCGCCGGACCAUGGAAAAGAACUGA